AUGUUUUCUUCCAAAUCCGAGUAUGACAGGGGUGUCAAUACCUUUAGCCCUGAAGGGCGAAUUUUUCAAAUUGAGUACGCCAUUGAGGCAAUCAAGUUGGGCAGCACAAGUCUGGGUAUUCAGACUCCUGAUGCGGUUAUCAUUGCUGCUGAGAAACGAAUUCCCUCCACACUGGUCGAUCCCUCCAGCAUGAAUAAGAUUCUAGAGAUUGACUAUCACAUUGGUACUGUGUUAAGUGGCAUGGUUGCAGAUGCACGAAUUCUCGUUGAGCAUGCUCGUGUGGAGGCUCAAAAUCAUCGUUUUACUUACGAUGAACCCAUGUGUGUUGAGUCAUGUGCAUUGGCUGCGUGCGAUUUAUCUAUCCAGUUUGGGGAAAGUGGAGGACGAAAGAAACUUAUGUCCAGGCCGUUUGGUGUCUCUCUUCUUAUUGCUGGUGUUGAUGAAAACGGGCCGCAGCUCUGGCAAACUGAUCCUAGCGGGACUUACACUCGCUAUGAUGCUCAGGCAAUUGGGGCUGGUGCUGAAGCGGCACAAACCGUUUUCAGUGAACGUUAUCACCGCAAUAUGACUGUUGAAGAAGCAGAAAACCUUGCUGUACAGAUAUUGAAACAAGUUAUGGAAGAAGAAUUAACAAAAAACAAUAUUGAAAUUGCUAUUGUCUCUGCUUCUACGGGGAAAUUGGAAAUAUAUGAUCAUGUACGAAUCCAAAGCAUUAUUGAUCGUCAGACAGAAAAUUAG